GCCCAGGAGAGGCUGAUCCAGGAAUCCCUUGCUCAGUCGACUGAGACCAGUGUGGAAGAUGAGGGGAGGAGCCUGUCUGAGUCACCGCAGUUGUUACCAUCCUCCUCCCAGCAAUCCGAAAGAUAGCAAUGAUAUAAAUGAGAAAAGAGAUUCGAACGAUGCUAAUGGGUGUGAUGGGGAAGGUGGUUCUAAUGCUCUUGCAGGAGAGGAACAACUCAAGAUUGAUUCAUUGAAUGGAAGUGAAGGAGCACAGUCUACUGCAAAGUUGAGUGUGGAUGGAACGGAGGAGUCAGCUGUGGCAGUUGCUGAGCCCCAAAACAUGAAUUUGGAGACCGAGGUCACCCAAGAAUCUCAGAGUAUCUCAGACGCAACAAGACCAGAGACUGAAAAGGACGCAAAAAAUACGGAAGGAGCAAGUGAAUCCAACAAGAAAACAAUAAACACAACAACAACAGUAACAGACAAAGACAUCAAAAAAGUCAUUAAGGACAUCCACACCAUUGAUGUCUCUCCGGCAAGAGUGGGAGGCCUCCUGGCCAGCCUUGACGAUCCUGAGCUGGCCAAGAGGUGCUCUGAACUUGCCCAGGAAAUCAAGAUCAUGGCCCACCCUGUACACAAGAUGUCCUUUAGGGAAUACUGUGACCAUAUGAUCACCCCAGAAGUGGACUCGGCAGUCAAGACCCUGGUGACGAUGCUGGUGAAGUUCCAGGAACGGCAGUAUCAGCGCGAUCCCAUAAAGGCCAAAAUCAGACGGAGAUACGUGUGUGGCCUGAAGGAAGCGACAAAACUGAUGACAAAGAUGUCUUGUGUCAUUGUCGCGCCUGACAUUCAGCGCAGCAGAGGGCCUGGCCUCCUAGAUGAAGUGGUGGCCAAGAUGCUGAACCGUGCGAGGGAGAGUGGUGUGCCUCUCAUCUUUGCCCUCUCCCUGAAGAUGCUGGGGAAGCUGUGUCACAAAAGUGUACCUGUGAGCUGCAUUGGCAUAAUAAAUUACCAGGGAGCUCAGGACGUCUUCAAUCAGUUGAUGGAGCUAGUACCAGCAGCCAAGGCCAAGUACCAAGCUCUCGUCAAUACUGGACUGUGUACUGUACCUGCUGAAGGCGAAAGACUCUCGGAUGAGGAGAAAGAGCCUGAAGGAUCCUCCUCAAAAGAUGCUGUGACCUCGUAAUUUGUUAUUUUUUUACGUCGAGGCAUAGGGUUUGUGUGUGAUGACUGUGAGUGAGUUCGGUGAGGGUACUUUGGUGGCUGUGAUUGGUACUGACUGUACAUGUUGCCUCUAAAUGGCUUUCAGGGAUUGUAACUGAUGCUUGUAGGUGACUAAUUCGAGGCCUGGGAAUGGCUGUGUGUUAAAUAAUUAAUAUGUAAGUGAUAUUUUGUUAUUUACAAUUACAAGCAAAUGUGCAGAAUCUAUUCUCAUCAGUAUAGAUGGGAAAAAAUGCUAUUGAAAUUUGAAACGGUUUACACGAUAAAAGAAUAUUAGCUUAUUGUAUUAUUGGUGACUUUGAAAAGUAUUAUUUUACUUUUUUAGGAAAUGCUUUGAAAUUUGUGAAAACUGUAUAUAAAAGGGAAAAAAACUGAAAUAUAUAUGCAGAUAUAUUGUCCAGUAGGGGAUAUGAUUUUGAAAAGUAUUUUUAGUAUUAUUUUGAUAAUAUUUUUCCCCCCAAGUGUGCAAGUGAUAGUCAUUACUGAAAAUUAAAAAACGCUUUGAGAUAGCAUUUACAUGAAAAACUGAAAUUUAUUACUGGAUUAUGCUCUACUUAAUGACAUAUAAUUUCUUGUCAAAUGUUUUAUUUAUUUAUUAAUGUUCCACUUUAUAAUACCUCUUUCUUCAACUUUUAUUUUUCUUCAUCUUACUCAAGAAAUAGUUUACAAUUUUUUUUCUUCUUCAUCUUACUCAAGAAAUAGUUUACAAUUUUUUCUUCUUCAUCUUACUCAAGAAAUAGUUUACAUCAAGACAUUAUUACUUUUGUGCUCAGGAUGCCUUUCAGAUGAUCUUGAGAGAUCAUAGUACAUACAGUAGCCUUAUGGAGUACAAUUUCUCUUGAAAAUGUUUGCCCCAGUUUGGACUCGGAAGGUUAUACUAUGACUUCAAGAUAUUUUUCAAUAAAGAGGGUAUGGUUUGUUUCCAAGAAUCUUUAUUCAGUUAAUGUUUUCUUCUCGUAUGCCAAAAGACAUUUAGAUAAUUUGUCUUUCUUGAAGACCCCAAGACAGGCAUGAGAGGAAUGGAUGAUAGAAUUUGAUAUUUAUUUUGUAGAUGUAGAAAGACCAUUAUAUCUGGUUGGAUUCCUGGAACCAGAAUACGUGAAAUAAGAGAAAAAAAUACAAAUUGAAAAAGUUCACGUAACAGUAAAAUCAGCAGUUUAUUAAUUUAAAAGAAAUAUGAGAUAAAUAUUUUAAUGAAACUCCAAGGAACUUUUUGUAGAUUAUGGUGCAUUAUUAUAUGAAAUGCCAAAGUCUUCCAAUCAGUUAUGAAAAAGGGAAUAAUAUGAUAAACAAUUUUUUUCCUUGGCUUAGCUUCAUUUAAUCUAUACUUCUUGAGAAAUGAGUGCAAUAAAAUAAUGGUGUAAAAGUAACCCUAAGUGUAUUAAUCCCUGGGAGUAAGUAAACUUAUUGAAUUGAAAAAGAAUUACUAAAGACGCUGAUGUUUUUCUCGCUUUCCAAAUCUGUCAGCAUGGCAUCCUACAUUUACAUCUCGGUAACUACUAUACUUGUAUAUAUAUCCCAUUGGAAGCAUUGUACAUUUUACAUGCAUGCAUUAUCUAUGGGAGGGUGGUUCGGUAUUCAUCAUUUUGGUGUUCGUUAUAUAAUAUUAUCACGUAUUGCAGUAGUUCUCUCAUUGUGAAGAAAUAUAAGAAUGUAAUGAAUUUUAUGAGCUAGCCUAACUGCAAACUAACAGGUGGGUUCCAGGACUUUCAUGUUUGGGGAUCCAGCAUUGAUAUGAACUAGAGAUCAGGUUUUGAAAAAUUAUUGGGAGAUUGACAGGUGAUAUAAACAUACUCAUUUAAUUGAUGACAACUCAUUUUGCCUACCCUCCCCCCCCCAAAAAAAAAAAAAAAGAAAUAAAAAAUAAAAAAGUAAAUAAUAAUCUAGGUGCAGACAUGGCUAGGGUCCUUUAAAAAAAAAUAUGUCAGAUUUUGAUAUUGUACAAUUUGUUUGAAUGUAUAUAUCUCUUGGAAAUAACUGGUGAGACAGUUCUAAUUUUUGUGUAGCUAUUUAUUUUUUUAUCUUUUGUUACUGGCACAUUUUCUACUGAAUCAUGUAGUAGCACACGCAUCAAGUGUUUCAAGAAAGACGAGGGACUGAAUAAGUAGGUCGUAAAAAAUAGACGAGCUGAAAAUCACAAGUAAUGUGCAUAAUGAACUUAAUGUGCCUAGUGAGUAAUGUGAACAUAAUGUGCAUAGUGAAUUAUGUGAAUAUAAUAUAUAUUGAAAAUCAUAUGAACAUGAUGAAUGAUGAAAAUAGUAAAUAUUACCAUCUGUGCAGGUUGGAUAUUUUGUGAUUGUUUUAAGAACUAGAAAGAUUUUGCAGUGUUGACUUUCUUGUUACCAUUAAUGUAUUUUUUUGCAGAAAAAGGUAUGAAUGAGAAUAAAUAAUUUCACAGCAAAGAAGAUAUGAUUAAAAUGUGUGAAAUUCAUCUUGUGCUGUGAGCUUAUUCCUUCUUAAUCAUAUAUAUGUAUAUUUUUGUCUAUUACAUAGAGAUAAUGCAU